GCUACUAUAUACAAAUUAGGCACUCCACACACACACACACUCAUAAAUAUGUUGGAGUUUGGAACUUUCACUUCUUUUGUAAAAGAAAAUUAGCGGUAGAACAGAACUAUAAUAUUUUAUGCUGUUAUUUCGUCCUAUUGCAAUUUACCAAUUAGCUAGUAACCAAGAUUUUCAUUGAUAGAAUUUACUGGAAAGAAGACGACCUGUCAAAAGGCGCUUGUCGCCAAAGAAAUACUUAUCAUCCACCUGUCAUAUUCGUAAGUUCUGGUACAUUGUUUUAAAUGGAACAAUAAUGCCAGUUAAAGUCGAUAUUACGCCGCCUCCACCUGCAAAUUCAAAACAACCUGGCGUUACAAAAUCUCUUCUUUACAACGGGUCGAAAUUUCAAGGACACCAAAAAAGCAAAGGAAAUUCAUAUGAGGUCGAAGUGGUUUUACAGCAUGUAGACGAGGAAAAUUCAUAUCUUUGUGGUUAUUUAAAGAUUAAAGGGUUAACUGAGGAAUUUCCAACACUGACUACAUUUUUUGAUGGUGAAAUUAUAUCAGCAAAAUAUCCUUUCCUUACAAGAAAAUGGGAUGCUGAUGAAGAUGUUGAUAGGAAACAUUGGAGCAAGUUCGACUUAUUUGUACCAUAUUUAAAGACUUUCAAUUCAGAUUCAUUUGAUUAUGAGUCUCUUGCAAAGGCUGACUAUGUAUUUAUGAGGUGGAAAGAACACUUUUUAGUGCCAGACCAUACAAUAAAGGACAUUAAUGGUGCUUCAUUUGCUGGUUUUUAUUAUAUAUGCUUUCACAAGUCUGCAGCCACAAUAGAAGGUUACUAUUAUCAUCGGAGCUCUGAAUGGUAUCAAUCUCUGACUUUAAGCCAUGUUCCCGAACACAGCAUUCAAAUUUAUGAGUUCAGAUGAAAUAACUGAAUGGAAACUUUUAAAUAUGGAUUGAUAAUUGUGUCCGCUAGUACUUACUUGAUUGAAACGUCGUCGUAUCUUCAGUUGAUGUAAAAAUAUUGCCAAUGUUAAGUUUCUUCAGUAAUUUAAGACAAAGAUGUCAGGGUCGAAAUUAGUGAUUAAUCAUGAUUGAAAAAUAAAAAACCAGAGAUAUGAUUUAACUUGCUGUUAAUGAACAAUAUUGUAAUGGUCUGUCCCUGCAUAUACUUUAGUCAGUAGUGAUGUUCGAUCAUUAAAAAUCAAUAAAGAUUGUUACAAUAUUUAUUUUUGUUAAUGUACCUAAUUUGGUAAUGCCUCUCAGACUGAACAAGUUGGAGUGUGAAGUUAUGUAUAAAGUUUCCUGAAAAUGUUUUGUUAUAAUGUGAUCGUUUGUAAAAUUGCGUGAAGUAUUGUUUGUUGCUGACGCUACGUUAUACUAUUUUUCUUAAGAAUGUAAAUUAUAAUCGCGGACAUUACGAUAAAUUCUUUAUUAUUUAUGUAUAAAUUAAACUGAAGUAUGUGCAAGCGCAGGGAUAACGACUUUUUGACUAGAUAAUUUUGUUUCCAUACCAUAUCACCUGUAGGAGUUAUUGAUUCAAAUGUUAUUGAUAAUUUAAAAAACAAAGAUUUUUUUUUAAAUAAAAUAUCUUGCAUCGACAA